GCAACCCUCAAAAUGGUGAGUAACUAAAAAAAAUGCAACCCUUAAAAAAAAAAGUUAGGUAUAAAUAGUGAGUUAAGACACAAAAUCGAGUCUCUUCUGUUUACUACACCGCCACUUUCUACAAGUGCGGUUUGCAGCAGCCGAAACCAUGAGCCCUGCUGCGCAGACUGUGGCGGCUGAUAACAACGGUGGGUUCCAGUCACACAAGAAGAAUAAGAACAAGAAGAAGAAUGUUGAUGUUCCUUCUUCAUUAGGGAAAAGAAAAGGUGAUGAUGAUUUCAGAAAGGAAAAACCUAAUAAGAAGAAGUCCAAAAAAAGGUCUAAGUUGAGUAGUGAUAAUGAUGAUGAUGAUGAUAAUAAAGUUGUAGCAGUAGAAAAUGGUGGUGGUGCUGUUAGUGGUGGUUCUGGAAUUAUUGGUGGAGAUUCUUAUUUAAGUGAUUCCAGAUUUGACCAGUGUUCAGUCUCUCCACUGUCAUUAAAAGGAAUCAAGGAUGCUGGAUAUGAGAAAAUGACCAUCGUCCAGGAGGCAACACUUCCAGUAAUUCUUAAAGGUAAGGAUGUCCUGGCCAAGGCUAAAACAGGAACGGGAAAAACAGUAGCCUUUUUGCUUCCAUCAAUUGAAGCUGUUGUGAAGUCUCCACCAAGUGAUCGUAAUCAAAUGCGUAAACCAAUUCUUGUUCUUAUCAUAUGCCCAACACGAGAGCUUGCAUGUCAAGCUGCUGCAGAAGCCAGUAAACUGCUCAAAUAUCAUCCUACCAUUGGUGCUCAAGUUGUGAUUGGAGGAACAAAUCUUAGUGUAGAACAGAAACGAAUUCAAAAAAAUCCUUGCCAGAUCCUUGUUGCUACACCUGGAAGGCUUAGAGAUCACAUUGAUAGUACUGCUGGUUUUCCUUCUAGGCUUAUGGGGGUUAAGACCUUGGUGCUUGAUGAAGCUGAUCAUUUACUAGACAUGGGAUUUCGUAAAGAUAUUGAUAAAAUAAUUGCUGCAGUUCCUAAACAACGACAAACACUUAUGUUUUCUGCAACCAUUCCGGACGCGGUUCAUCAAGUUUGUAAAAUUGCGUUGAAAAAGGAUUUUGAAUUUAUUAAUACAGUUGAGGAGGGUACUGAAGAGACACAUGCAAAGGUCCGCCAGAUGCAUUUAAUUGCCCCGCUAGACAAGCAUUUCUCUUUACUCUAUGUUAUUCUGAAGGAGCACAUUACCGAUGAUGUUGACUAUAAGGUUCUUGUUUUCUGUACAACUGCUAUGGUCACAAGACUUGUUGCUGAUCUCCUUGGGAGGUUGAACUUGAAUGUGCGAGAAAUCCAUUCAAGAAAGCCUCAGAGUUAUAGAACCAGAGUUUCUGAUGAAUUCCGGAAGUCAAAGCGUCUCAUCCUAGUUACUUCGGAUGUAUCUGCACGUGGAGUUGAUUAUCCAGAUGUUUCUCUUGUUAUACAGGUUGGUCUACCAGCUGAUAAGCAACAGUACAUACAUCGACUAGGUAGAACAGGGCGAAAAGGAAAAGAAGGCCAGGGCAUACUGCUACUAGCUCCUUGGGAAGAGUUCUUUUUAGAUUCCGCAAAAGAUUUGCCUAUUGAGAAAGCUCCAGUACCUUCUGUUGAUCCUGAGACUAAGAAAAAGGUGGAUAGGGCUAUAUCCACUGUUGAGAUGGAUAAUAAAGAAAGAGCAUAUCAAGCAUGGCUUGGUUACUACAAUUCUAACAAGAAAGUGGGGAGAGAUAAGCGUAAGUUAGUGGAGCUUGCUAACGAGUUCAGUCGAAGCAUGGGGCUUGAUACCCCACCAGCUGUUGCCAGUCUUGUCCUUGGCAAGAUGGGUCUUAGAAAUGUCCCUGGUUUACGUUCCAAAUAGGUUAUUUAUUCAUUCCAUUCAAAUUUUGAUAACUCAGUCUUCUUAAAGAGAGAAAUAUUCUUGAAUUGAAAUGAUUCCUUAUAAUUUGAUUUUAAGACUUGAAACUUCCAAAUUAAAAUUAUUAUUCUGCCAAUUUAUGUGUAUUUUUUGUAGUUCUAGAUGAAUUAUACCGAGGAAACAUCAGUACCAGAUGAAUUUGUAAUAUGAAUUACUAUGUAACUGUCCCAUCUUUGUUAUAUUUAAUCUUAUGGCUUAUAAAUUAAA